AACGGCGUCUCCACUAAGGCCGCCGCCACGUUGACCUUGACACGGCACACCCAUGGAAGCCAGAAUCGUGGCGCUGCAGCGCCAAUCGCUAAAGCAGAACGCGGUCCGGCAUUCUUUUUCCAGCGCCAUCGCGUCUCGGUUCUUUGUCGAUGGCAGCUUGGCAAGGCGGCAACGCAUCAUCGAAAGUGUCAAGCGUCGACAAGCUCGUCUACGGGAGAAAUCACGGGUCGAGCAAAUCAAGGGCGAGUGGUUACGCCGAACGUUUGAAGAGAAGAAGGAACUUGAGGAGAAGAAGCGGGGAAGGGAUCUCGACCGGUCGAGGAGACGGCAGCAAAACCUCAGUGCUACUCGAAUUCAGAAAAUAUGGCGGAAAUCGUACCACGAACGGUUGUACUGGCAGCUCAUCAAUCACGCCGCAGCCCUCAUCCAGGUGGCUAUGAGGGACUUUAUGCUUCAGCAGCACGCCAAACGGUUCCGGUGCACCUUGGUUUUGCAGAGGUGGUGGCGGCUCGUGACCUUUCGCCGGCAACGUCGUGCCGCUCAAGUCUGCAUCGCCCUUUGCAUUCAUGGGUACGCGCUACGGCGUCGUGGACGACGAUUUCGCCUUCAGGAAGCGGCGACUUUGAUCAUCCAGCGAGCGUGGACCACGUACUGGGCUGGCAUUAGAGCAGCGGCGGCUUCCACGAUUCAACGGUGUGCACGACUUCGACAACGCAAGCGACAAAUCAAACGUCUGGCCAGUAUUCACCAACACCUUCGACUGAUCGAACGGAUGGACGCUAGCGCCAGAAUCCUUCAGCGCAACCUGGCACAUCGAGCAGUCAAGAUUAGGCUCCUGUGCGAUGAGGUGUUCCAGAAGCUUCUCAGUACAAUGAAAACACCUAGCGUGAAGAUCAUUGAACUGGACGACGUGCCGCAUGAAGGUCUCGCCAAUGCCGUGGCAGAAGAAGCAAAGUUGGUGCGACAAAGGGACACGUUGACGCGGGAGAUUGACGAGCUCCGACGAACGCGCGUGCCCAUGGCCAUGCAACAGCGCAAUGACGAACGUGAGAGUUUGCGACGCCUUAGAGUUCUCGAGAGCCAUCGCGUGGCGAAGGAGAAAGAGCGGGAGGCCGAGAGACUCCGGGAAGUGGAGGAACAGACCAAGCGCGUGAUUCGAUGGGAGAUGGAGAAACAGUUUGACCACCAGCGGCGAUUCAAGAUGAAGAAAGUCAAGCAACACGGCGACAACUCGACAACCUCGUCUGGUACGACCGAGGCGGGGUUUGGGCGAUUAGAUUCGCGCGUCGAAGUCGAGUAACCCUCGGGGCCGUCACACCUAAAUUAUUCAACGGAGUUGGCCAAA